AUGACUACAGCGGCAAGUAGUAGUGAUAUCGGUAAUAAUGACGAAAUAUUCGAAAUUAAUGACUUUACUGUAAUAACUGAUCUUGAACGUUUCGCUGUUAGUUUGGAAUCGGCGAUUUAUGAUUGGAAACUCGAUCAAGUUUCAGACAACGAUUUUUCAUUCACAGAGGAUGAAGUGAUCAACUGCAAAUGGGAUUUAAAAGAAACAAAAAUCGCAUUUGGUGAUCGAAAUGCGUUAAAUUUAAGAUAUUAUUGGUCGACGAAUCUUACUCGUUUGGCGAGAAGCGAGUCUACUGAUUCUAAUGAUUCGCCAGAUCAGUUUGAUUACAAUACAAACGCUGGAAAAAUUCUUGCUUAUAGGCAGACUUUGUUUCAUCCUUAUUCAGUUAUCUGUACGCAGUUUGGUGUUUUGGACUUUCUUCUUCUUUCACCACACAAGUCAUCUAUAGAUCAAGUUAUCAAUGAAAAUCAAUUGCAAACCAUUCUCUCUGGGAUAAAUAUUGCUUUGAGCAGUUCUCGGUGCUCUCUGCCAAUUUUUGUGCAGUAUGGUGGUCCUGAUCGACAUCUUUAUUUCGGUACAUGCCAGAAUUCUUCUGUCAGAACAACAUUUGAAUCAGCACAACUCAGAGCUCCUUUACCAAUUCAUAAUCAUUUAGAAGGAUUAACGAAACUUUUCUGUGAGAAAUUGAAUAUUUUGGAUUGUGAAGAAGAUAUGGUUAUUCCAUCAGUUUUUUUCGAAUACGUUCUAAAAGGUGGUAAGAAGAAGAAAAAACACUUUAGAUUUUCUUAUGAUGAGGACUUUAUUUCAAUGAAAAAUUUGUUGUUGAUGAAUUCAACUUUACCUUUUGGAGCUCCUAUGGAUGUUCUUGAUGAGAUGUAUUUAUGCAUUGAAUAUCCGGAAAACACUUGGAUUAGCGAAGAUCUAUAUCGGUCAAACAUCAGUCCUCUUCGAGCACCAAUAUGGAUAAUUAAUGCUUCAUUUCUUAAGGAAUUUCCGUGUCUCAUGCAUUUAUGUUUGAAAAUGUUGGUCGAUGCCACAAAAUCAGAUGAAGGAAAAAUGUUGGUUUCCAAAUUAGUGCCAUAUUCCAAUUCCUCUACGAAUGCUUUGGAUGCAUUUUCACCUCUUAUAUCUUCUUCACCUUCAAUAUCUAUAACGAAUAUAGGUGGUGAUGUCGAUGGUAUUGAUUACCUAACUGGGGGAAAAUUACUUUGUUGGAUUGAUGCCAUAUUUCUCAAGCGAGAAGAAUCUUCGUGCAAUGAAUAUCAAGUAUCAUCUGCUGAUGUUCAAUUAGGAUACAAUGCUCCAGGUAAUGCAGUUCGAGAAUACGGUACAUGUGUUGACUUAUCAUGCGAAGAAAAUGAACAUAUUCGAAAUGUACGUGCAACGUGUAAGGAUCACAUAAAUCGUUGUAAGGCUGCUCCAACUGGUAGUUUAACCGAGCGUGUAGCAAUUGCUCUUACUCAUGCACUUUCUCUACAUAAGUUUUCAACCACAGCAUUUGCUCAACUUUGGCGUGCUUUUGUGGAUGAAUUGCGAAAUUAUUGGCAAAACAACCUGUUAUUGCCAGGUUUUAAAUCGAAUGAAUUUCCCAAUUUCUCCACGUGUGAAUUUCAUCAAAAGCUGCAGAUGUUGCAAUGUUGCAUAAAUACUCGACUCACACGUUUCAAAACUUAUGAAUCCUUAAAUUUCCCUUCGCAAAUAUUGAAUAACACUGAUUUUGAUGACGAUGAAUUUUUCGAUGCAGUUGAACAACAGAAUGAGGAUAUUUCUAGUUGCUAUAAUGAAUCGUUCAGUUAUGCGCAAUUUUCUAGUUCUUCAGAUUCCACUGCUCCAAAAGGACGCAAAUGUCAGUGCGAGGGGCUAUAUUUAUUAAAUAAUCCUGUCGAACCGAUCUAUGAGCCAUUUAUCCAGGAUCGUCGUCCUAUGACGGAGGCUAUGCUUGAAGAAUAUAGCAAUUAUUUAUUGUCUUUGGAUGAACGAACAAGGUCUAGAGCUCAAUUAGAUGUUCUUCUAUCUGAUAUGCAAGCAUUUAAGGCUGCUAACCCUGGUUGUGUCUUUGAGGAUUUUAUACGGUGGCAUUCUCCAAAAGACUAUGUAGUAGAUGUCCUUACAAAUUCAGGUUGUUUGUCGAGUCGAAUGACUGGGGAGAAUCCUUGGACAGAGACAUGGAUAGAAGCUACUGCUAUACCUGUUCAUCUUCAAAAGCGAUUAUUUAAUGAAACUAAGGAAGCUGAAUCAAUUCUGGAAGAGUUCAGUAAUUUUUGCUUAUCAGAUAUAAUCGGACUAAUUAUGCCAGUAGUAAUGAAAUGUGCAUUGGCCCAACUAGUAAACGAAUGUGAAGUUCUUUUUAAUGCGUUAGAAACUAAUUUGCUGUCAUUAUCUGCAAAAAUUUUCCAUUAUACAAAGGGUGGGGACUUUGACGAUCUUAUAAAUAUUCUUCAAGAUUUUGAGAAAGCUGAAACAGCGGUUGCGAAAUACAAUGCUAUUUGGGAACGGUUGAAUAAUACCGAGGAAUCGCCGCCUUUGGAAAAAACUGAAGAGGUUCGAAAAUUUGUGGUUUCAUUACUUCAAGUUGACCAAGAAGAGAAUGAUUUCAAGGUUCCCAAUAAUGAAACAAAUGUUCGUGGAGGCGUUAAAAUCCAUCGAAAACCUUUCGAUAAUAGUAUUUUAAGUAUUGCUCUGGAGAAUUUGUUUUUUAGAAGUGAUAACGAUUCCGAUGAUGAUUCUUCAUUAGAAAAAAUUGAAACAAAAGAAAUAAGUUCAUUAAGGAAGCAAGAUGAAAGGCGACAUUAUACAAUGCACUGUUUAGCGCGCAGACCUUCUCAAGGUUCUCGGCCUACGGUUCAACGGUUAUAUGCAUUGUUAUCCAGGGAAGAAUUUAGAAUCUGUUCAUCAUUUUCUGAAGAUACAAUAUUGAAUUGA